GUCCCGCCCACUCAGGUUGAUCACUGCGCGCUGUUGACACUCGGAGUCUCCGUGAGCUCGUGCUUGUGGUGGCGAUUAAACGGCGUUAAGCGACAGCGGGCUGUCGUUAUUCGGUUACCGGGGGAUCGUUGUGUGCGGGAGGUGGGUCAUUGGUUUUAAACAUGUUUUCCUAGCCCAUCCUGAGCGAUAGUAAUGCCCUCACGAGUUCGUGAGGCGGCCGAUUGUCAUUUUGACUUAGCUCGUGCUCGCUUAGCCGCCACAGGCUAAUUAAUUAACCGAGAGUGUGAGAAAUAUUCACUCCAAAUCAUCGAAGGCACUGCAAAAACUCCUCAAAACACCCAGAACGCCGAGUGUGUCCUCGUUUUAAAUGAACGCGAGGGAUUAACAGCAGGGGGAGCUGUGAUGGUUGUGUGUGUGUGUCAGGAUGCAAGGAAACCUAGAAGACACUCUUUCACCAUGACGUCCCCCCCGCGCUCUUCUCAGCCAUAGAAACACACACACCGGAGAACACACACCACCUCACUACAGCACCUGGUGUGUCAGCCGCUGCUGGUUUGCGCUUCAAGGGAAAAUGUCAGUGGUUUUCCCUUCCGACGGGAUGGAGAACUCCGACACGAUGCUCACCGACGCUCCCGAAGGCAUCCGUGGGAAAGCCGUCCCAUCCGCUCCCUCUAAAGACACCAACGCAGACACAACAGAUCCUGAUGACAACCUCUCCCAGGAUGCUCAGCGGCGCUGUCAGAAUCACGGACACACCAGGAAACGAGCCAAGUCGAAUGCAAAGCUCAAGCUGGUGAGGAGUCUUGCCGUGUGUGAAGAAUCAUCAGGUCCGUUUUCAACCGACGGUCCUCCAGAAUCACAGGACAUCAUUCAGCUUCACAUCAGCUGUCCAUCCGACAAAGAGGAGGAGAAAUCCUCAAAAGACGAGUACGAGAAUGAGGAGAGGGAAAAGAAGGAUAAAACUCCACGCAAGAUGCUCUCACGCGACUCCAGUCAGGAAUACACUGACUCCACAGGGAUUGAUGUGCACGAGUUCCUGGUGAACACACUGAAGAACAACCCCAGAGACAGAAUGAUGCUGCUUAAGCUGGAACAGGAUAUACUGGAGUUCAUAAAUGAUGAGAAUAAUCAGUAUAAGAAGUUCCCUCAAAUGACCUCAUAUCAUCGCAUGCUGCUGCAUCGAGUCGCUGCUUACUUUGGCAUGGAUCACAACGUGGACCAAACGGGCAAAGCGGUCAUCAUCAACAAGACCAGCAACACUCGCAUUCCUGAGCAGAGGUUCUCUGAGCACAUUAAAGACGAGCGCACCAUGGACUUCCAGAAGAAGUUCAUCCUGAAGCGAGACGACGCUAGCAUGGAUAAGGAUGAUAAUCAGAUCCGUGUGCCGCUUCAGGACGGUCGGCGCAGUAAGUCCAUCGAGGAGCGAGAGGAAGAGUACCAGCGCGUCAGAGAUCGCAUUUUUGCACGAGAAUCUUCACAGAACGGAUACAUCAAUGAUAACAGACUGUCCACUGAUGGAUACUCCUCAUCCUCACAAAAGAGGAGGCAGAUCUUUAGGGGGAACCGGGAGAGCUCGAGCCGGGCGUCCAGCAGUCGUCAGAGCAGCACCGACAGCGACGUGAAGAGCCUGGACCCCCGGCCCUGGAGCAGCACCGACUCGGACAGCUCCAGCCGCACGCUCAGGCCUCCGGUCACCAAAGCCAGCAGCUUCAGCGGCAUCUCCAUCCUCACGCGCGGAGACAGUCUGGGCAGCGCCAGGGGCUCGCGAUCAGGUCUUCCCACGCUGUCUCCGGAUCUGUGUGCCCCAUCACAAACACCCCAGUCGGGUCGAGGUCUCCUGCCGUGUCCCACGAACUGCCCCCCCGCCGGCUCUCAGAGCAGCGGCCCACCGAACCCUCCACCGCUGCUGCCCACCCCGUCACACACACACACCAUCAGCUCUCACAAUCACAUGCUGCCUCAGCCGGUGGCGUCUGCGCAGGCUGUGUCUUACUCAAACCCUUCGUGCCCUCAGGUCCUCCUGCCUGUUUCUCCUUCCCAGCAGUACAACAUGGGUGAUGAGUUGACUGCAGGUUUCGGGCAGAUGUCUCUAAGCCGUCAGAGCUCCAGCGAGGCACCAGAGCCACCCAGCCUUUACCAACCUCCUCCUGCCGUGCUAUCCCAGCAUGCACCACCUCAGCCCAGUUACAUCAUGCCCCCACACACACACACACACCCGCCACCCUCCGGAUACCAGCCAGCCGCUCCACACACACACCCGCCACCACCGCCGCCACCUCCGUCACAGCCCAUCCUUCAGAUGCAGCCGCCGCCUCAGCAGAUCCAGGUCCAGUAUUACUCCACCGCCGGCCAGUAUCCGCCCUCAGCGGUGCACCAGGGUCAGCAGUUUCGCUCCAUCUCUCAUCAGGUGUCGUUUCCCACACAGAGGUCGCAGCCGCUGCCCCCGCCGGCUCAGCCCUCCGCUCCACUCCAGCCCAUGAUGACCAAUCAGCAGCCAGCGUACCAGAGCAUGCUGGGAGUUCAGCAGCCCCAAAGCAUGCUGGGAGUUCAGCAGCCCCAGAGCAUGCUGGGAGUUCAGCAGCCCCAGAGCGCAAGUCUGAUGAACACACAGCGGACGAACCUCAAUGGGCAGAUGCAGAGCAUGAUGGUCCAGUACCCCCCCAUGCCCUCCUAUCAGGUUCCUGUAGCGAGUGAAAGUCAGUCUGUGGUGCAGCAACAGUUCCAGCAGUCCGUCAUGGUGCCCGUCAGCCAGUCAGUGCAGGGAGCCAUGCCACCCUCCGCGCCCAUGCCCGUCUACUACAGUGUCCUGACACCCACACAGCAGAACAGCACAAGUCAAUCUGUGGGUUACCUGCAGCCCACUUCAGAUCAGUACCAGAUGACCCAGUCUGCCUCGCCCUGCAGCCCACAGCCAAUACAACAGCAGUAUUCAGGGGUCCCGCCUCCUGGUCCCAGUGUUAUGGUAAUGCAGCUCAGUGUUCCCAACGGGCCACAACCGACCCAGAAUCCUCCACUGGUGCAGUGGAACCCAUGCAAGUUCUAUAGCAUUGAGCAGAGACCCAGCAAACCUGAGCAGCAGGUCAGCAGCCCGCUGGCGUCUCCCACACAGUCUCCGGCUCCCUCUCCGUCUGGGAGUGUGAACUCAGUGUGUCCGGGUCUCGGCCCGCUGCCUCUCAUCUCUCAGUUCCCUCGGCCCGGUGGACCAGCACAAGACGGGCGCUACUCUUUACUGGGCCAGCCGCUUCAGUACAGCCUAUGUCCUCCUCCCAUCAUGCACAACCACAACCAGUCCUCUUACAACUCCCAUCAGGUACAGAAUCAGGGAGUGAUGAAGCACGGCGCUCGGGGGAAAAGACAAACGCUCAAAUCUGCCUCUACAGAUCUGGGAACUACUGAUGUGGGGGGUAAAUUUGCGCUUGUGGAUCUCUGUGUCCCUCCAGUGUUGAGUCGAGUCCUGGAGGUCACAGAUCUUCCCGAGGGAAUCUCCCGACCCGAGGCGGAGAAGCUCUUCAACCAGCUCUCGCUCUGCGGCGCCAAGAUCCAGUGGCUGAAGGACCCGUCGUGUCCCAGAAUGCCCGGCGGCAGCGACCCGGCUCACCUGUACACCGUGGUGGCCGUGUUCCCGAACACCAUGGCGGCCCAGAGCGCCUCGUUCAAGCUCAACAACACCGCCGCGAGUCUGUUCAAACUGCGCGCCACCAAGAAGAACUAUGACCUGCGCGUGUUUGAGCGAGCGAGCUCGCAGUGAGGCGGGCGAGAGAGAGAUCAUCCUGGUGUUCCUUUUUUAUUAUUUUGUAUCAUCAACUGAAGAGCACAUGUGGCACAGAAGCGUGAUGCGUUGUAUGUGUAUCAUAUGACACGCGCACACACUCAUAGACACAAGCCGGCGACGGAUAAUAAUCCAGAUUCUCGUGUCGUUCCAAACCCGUAUGGCGUCGUUUGAAGAUCGCCGUACUGAGAAACCAUCAGACUGCUGUAAAGUAACGCGCAUUUUUGACAUCAUAUAGUGAACUUUCAGACUUCAGAUUAAUAUAUGAAGACUUUAAUCGCGACUUAUUUUUGUCUCACAAUUGCGAGUUUACAUCACGCAAUUCUGACCUUUUCUCGCAAUUCUGACUUUAUAUCUCACAAUUCUUA